GUUUUUUGAAUGAUUUUUAUAGUGUUUUUUAUUGGAACAUUUUAUAAGAACUAAAAUGGUGGCUCUCUUCUUCAUUAUUAUAUUGCAUCUUUGUUCUUACCAGGUUUCAACUACUUCCUCCUGUAUUGAAGAGGAGAGGGAAGCGCUUUUGAAGUUGAAAGCUAGUUUUAGUGAUUCUUCAAAACGGUUGGCUUCUUGGGAAGGAAUUGAUUGUUGCAGUUGGGAUGGAGUGGGCUGCAAUCAGAGCAAUGGCCAUGUUGUCAAACUUGAUCUUCGAAAUUAUGAUGAGUACAACUUUCACUCUCAUUUGGUUAUCAAUGGAAUUGACUCUAGUUUGUUUGAGUUGAAAUAUUUGAACUACUUGGAUUUAAGCACAAAUUGUUUCAAUUUCACUCAGAUUCCUGAUUAUUUCUCAUCCAUGCUUGAGUUGAGAUAUCUUAAUCUUUCCUGUACAUGUUUUUAUGGAGAAAUUCCUCCUUCUUUGGGAAACCUAACUAAAUUGCUGGUUCUUGAUUUCAAGAUCAACGAGUAUUUGGAUGGCCCCAGUUAUUUUGAGACAACACAAUUGUUUAUCGAUGACGGUGGAUGGAUUUCUAGCCUUUCGUCGUCUUUGGAAUACCUUGAUUUGAGUGGGGUGAAACUUAAAAGUAAUUUGAAUUUGGUGCAGGUGUUGAACAAACUUCCUUCCUUAUUGUCAUUGAAAUUGAGGAGGUGUGACAUUCAAAAUACCCAAUCAUAUAUAUAUCCUCCUUUAAAUUCUUCGUUUAUUUCCAAACUUCAACAUUUAGAUUUGGCGUAUAAUAGGUUUGGUGGUCCAAUUCCUAACUUUUUUCAAAACAUGACUUCUUUGAGAUUCUUGUACCUUUUAGAUAAUCGGUUCAACUCUUCGAUCCCACUUUGGUUUGGUAAUCUUAGGAACUUUGUUGCUCUGAGCCUUGGAUCCAACUUGUUUACUAGUGUUGAAGGUGGAUUGUUCUCGAUCAUUAGAAACAAUUGCCACCUGAAACAAUUAGAUCUAUCAAAUAACCAAUUUCUUCGUGGAGAUGAUGUAUUUGGAAGCCAUGGGAAUUUAUCUGCAAGCUGUAAAGACUAUGAUUUGGAACUACUAGACCUGAGAAACAUUACAUCCGGGAUAUAUCCAAUUCCAAAUUGGCUGGGACAGUUAAAAAACUUGAAAUUUCUUUAUCUUAACAAUAAUUCACUUCAUGGUCCAAUUCCUGCUUCACUUGGAAAUUUGUCCAAUCUUGAAUACUUGGAUAUUUCUUACAACUUGCUUAGUGGAGGAAUUCCAACUUCAUUUGGAAAAUUAUCCAACUUAAGGACAUUGACUCUUCGAGAUAAUCUUUUAUCUGGGAUUCCAAAAAGUUUUGGGCAGCUCCAAAGUCUGGUGGACUUGGACCUUUCGGAGAAUGCCCUCGAAGGUAUUGUUUCAGAAGUCCACUUUGCUAAUCUUUCUCAACUGAAAUACUUACGUAUGACAGAAAAUAGCCUCCUGUCUUUUGAAAUGAAACAUAAUUGGAUCCCUCCAUUUCAACUGAAGUAUUUUUUUGUGGGAUCAACGAAGGGCUUUGGAUCAACCGAAUUCCCUGGGUGGCUUGAGACACAACAAGAAAUGUUGGAGCUAGACUUGUCCAACACUAGCAUUUCAGGACAUAUACCAACAUGGUUAAGUCCGAAAAGUAUGUCUAUUCUUGAUCUUUCCUACAAUCAAAUCAGUGGAUCACUUCCAGAGAGCAUUGGUGACCAAAUGCCCAAUCUGGUUGGAUUAUUUAUUUCUAACACCAAAAUCAAUGGUUCAUUGCCACUGUCCCUUUGCAAAUUGCAUCCACUGUUUUUGAUACUUUCAGAUAAUGAACUUUCUGGGACAAUUCCUAAUUGUUUGCUGGAUAAUCAGUACUUGAAUCAUUUGGAUUUAUCAUCAAACAAGUUGUCAGGAGUGUUUCCAAGUUCAUUGACCAAUCUUUUCCAACUUGAAGUGUUGCGCUUAGGGAACAACAAACUUGAAGGAGAGCCACUGGUUGGCAUGAGAAGUUGGGUGCGUUUGUGUAUUGUGGAUCUCGAGGGAAACAAAUUCUCUGGCAUUGUUCCUUCGUGGCUGGGUGAGACCCAUGGAGAUUUACAAAUUUUGAAUCUUCGUGGCAAUAUGUUCAAUGGCACCAUUCCUUCAACUCUGUGGCUGCUGCCUCACUUGCAAAUUUUGAUUCUUGCGGAUAACAAACUAGUGGGAAACAUCCCACCUAAUGUGGGCAAUUUUUGUGCAAUCUCAAGGCCAAUACACCUUCAAUUGUUAUGUGAAUCUACAGAUUCAUAUAAACGUUGUCAUGUAAACUACGUCAGACUAGCCAUGAAAUCAAGCAACUUGAACUAUUCGUAUUUACGAUUGUAUUCAAUGGUGAAUAUAGACUUCUCCAAUAACAACUUGUAUGGAGAAAUUCCAAGCGGAAUAACAGCCAUAAAAGGCUUGGUUGGAUUAAAUUUGUCGCGUAAUAAUCUGUUGGGGACAAUUCCUGUGGAGAUUGCAAAAGCAGAAUCGCUAGAGUCUCUUGAUCUCUCUUUCAAUCAACUUUCUGGGUCAAUUCCAAACAACAUGUCGGGCUUAAAUUCGCUAGGGACGUUAAAGUUGUCCAACAACAAUCUCUCUGGACGCAUUCCUCGAGAAGGUCAUCUCUCAACCUUCAACGAUGCAUCCAGUUUUGCAGGUAAUACAUUUCUUUGUGGAGAUCCGCUCUCUGUUAAAUGCCCAAAUGAAAAUUCAGGCAAGCCUCCAGGUGAAAUCGAUAAUUUUGAUGAUUAUGGUAGCCAUGAAGAAGGAGAUAAGUAUGAGAAAAUGUGGUUUUACAUUAUCAUAAUGCUGGGAUAUGCUUUGGGAUUUUGGGGAGUUGUUGGAGCUUUAAUAUUGAAGAGAAGUUGGAGACAUGCUUAUUUCCAUUUCAUGGAUGAAAUGAAAGACAAGAUCUGCGUUGCAACAUUGGUGAAUAUGACAAGGCUGAAACAACAGAUUCCAUCAGUGAAGAGUUGAAGGAUUUAGAACUUAUAUUUUACGUGAUAGUUUGUGUUCUAAGUGAUAAGUUUGUUUUGUUGUCCUUUGUUAAUCUGUUAGUACUUGCCACUUUGGCUGGAUCUGGAUAUGUAUUGAUAUUUGUGUUUGUACUCUUCUGAAUUUAAGUUAAUUAGAAUCUCUCUCAAUAGUCAAUG